AAUACAUCCGCCGACAUAUACUAUCCACCGCUGAGUGUACACAGAACGCAGGCUAAGAUGGCGGGUGGUGGCGGCGUCUGUCGGGGCUUGAUCCUCCUGCAUACCCUGCUGCUCCUGGCCGCGGCUCGACGGCCCUACUACAAGCCGCACACUCUGCACGUUGACCAGGGACUGGCCGCCGACCCGCAGGACAGCAGGGUGAUGACUUUGGCGGCUGGUUUGUCGGAGGAAGGGCCGCUCCGGAGGGACCAGCAUCGGUGGCGCAGGAGCAUCGACAGCCCGCACCUUGUGGACCUGACGGGACAGGUGAACCUCAAUGAUUCGCACGGUCAAUUGGUUGUUCAUUGGGCUGGAGAGAAAAGCAGGGUGAUCGUAGCACUUGCCCGUGAUAAUCCAUUCCUGGAUGGGCUUCUCACCAGUUCGGUUUACAUUUCAUAUAAUUAUGGAAACUCCUUUGAGAGAAUUGAUAAGAAGUUCAAACUGGAAGAUGAAACAAAAAAACAUAAAUAUGUUGUUCAAUUUUACCACAGCCCAAUAGAUAAUAGAAGGUAUAUUUUUACAGACACCAGAAAUCACUACUUAUGGACCACUUUAAACUUCUGCAGUGACAUCCAGAACUUCCCUAUCCCAUUCAGCCCAACAGAUCUUCUCCUACACAGCACCAACCCCAACCUCGUGCUUGGUUAUGACAGCUCUCAUCCAAACAAGCAGCUUUGGAAAUCUGAUGACUUUGGACAAAGUUGGGUCUUAAUUCAGGAACAUGUCAAAUCUUACUACUGGGGUGUAGAACCAUACGACUCGUCUACUACAAUUUACGUUGAACGACAUGAGCCAAUGACUUCCUCAAGCAUCAUCAAAAGCAGUGAUCUCUUUCAGAGUGAAAACUAUGAGAUAAUUUUGAAAGAAGUAGAAGAGUUUCAGUUGCAAGGCAAAUACAUGUUUGCCACAAAGAAGGUGCAUCUUUUGGGGAGCAGUGACCCAUCUGUGGUGCAGUUGUGGGUUUCUUAUGAUCGGAAACCAAUGAAACGUGCUAAUUUCCUCACAAGACAUCGAAUAGUGGAGUACUAUGUGGCUGAUGCAUCAGAAGACCAGGUGUUUGUCUGUGUCCAUCUAAGCAAUAACGUGACCAAUCUCUACAUCUCGGAAGCAGACGGGCUGAAGUUUUCACUUUCUCUGGAAAAUAUACUGUAUUAUAGUCCAGGAGGUGCAGAUAGUUCAACUCUGGUGAGAUACUUUGCAAAUGAACCAUUUGCAAAUUUUCACCACGUCGAAGGACUGCGUGGAGUCUACAUCGCUACCCAGCUGAAUGGGUCUUUCAUUGAUGAGAACAUGAGAUCAGUGAUCACAUUUGAUAAGGGUGGAACCUGGGAAUUACUGGAGGCUCCAGCUUCUGACAGCGAUGGUGAUCAAAUAGACUGCAAGAUUGAACAAGGUUGCUCGUUGCAUCUGGUACAGCGUUACUAUGAGCGUCGCAGAGCCCAGAUCCUCUCCAAAGAAUCAGCACCAGGCCUUAUCAUAGCUACAGGUUCCAUUGGCAAGAAUUUGGCAAACAAACUAAAUGUAUAUGUGUCAAGUAGUGCUGGGGCUCGGUGGCGUGAGGCUCUCAAAGGUUCCUACUUCUAUUCUUGGGCUGAUCAUGGAGGCAUCCUGCUGGCAGUUCCUUGGUUUUCACCGACUAAUCAAGUAAAGUACAGUACCAAUGAGGGAGAGACAUGGAAGGUCAUUACUUUCGCACAAGAGAAUAUUACCAUAUAUGGACUAAUUACUGAGCCAGGAGAAAAAAGUACCAUCUUCACACUCUUUGGAUCAUUCGCAAUGAAGUCGCACAGUUGGCUAAUAAUCCAGAUCGACACAAAAUCAGCAUUGGGUGUACCUUGUUCUGAGACCGAUUAUAAAUUGUGGUCCCCGUCUGAUGAACAUGGGAAUGAGUGUUUGCUUGGUCGAAAAACUGUCUUCAAGCGCAGAGCCCCACAUGCAACCUGCUUUAAUGGGGAAGACUUUGACAGACCGAUUACAGUCAGCAACUGUUCCUGUACAAGGGAUGACUAUGAAUGUGACUUUGGUUUCAAGCUGAGUGAAAAUUUGGCUUCCGAGAUUUGUAUCCCUGAUCCAGAGUUCUUUGGCAAUAUGUCUGCUCCACCUAUACCUUGUCCUGCUGGCACGACAUAUAAACGGACAAAAGGUUACCGUAAAAUCUCAGGUGAUGCGUGUAGUGGCGGCGAUGUUGAGGCUCGUUUAGAAGGGGAAAUGCUGCCUUGUCCUGUGAACGAGGUAAAUGAAUUCAUACUUUAUGCGUUGAGGAGCUCAAUUCAUCGUUACGACCUUGCCAAGGGUACAGAUGAGGCACUGCCACUUCAGAACCUGCGAGGCACUGUUGCUUUGGAUUUUGAUUAUGAAAACAAUUGUGUGUAUUGGGCAGAUAUUUCACAGCAUAUUAUUCAGCGUUUGUGCCUAGAUGGGAACUCUGGCCAGAAUAUAAUAAUCAAGGAUGGCUUGCAGGCUGUGGAAGCUCUAGCCUUUGACUCCAUUAGCCGGCUUCUGUACUGGAUAGAUGCUGGGGCAAAGAAACUUGAGGUUUCUAACGCUGAUGGCGACCUUCGUCUCACUCUCUUGAAUUCCACUACAUUGGACCGUCCAAGGGCUCUUGUACUAGUUCCCACUUUAGGACUGAUGUUUUGGACAGACUGGGGAGAAGAUAAAGUUGGAAUUUACAAGAGUGAGAUGGAUGCAUCACACCCCACUCGACUCAUUUCUGAUGGUAUUAAAUGGCCCAACGGGAUUACCGUGGAUGGAUCUUGGAUCUACUGGACUGAAGCUUAUGUUGAUCGUAUUGAGAGAGCAGAUUUAAAUGGUGGCCAGAGAUCAGUACUAAUACAAAACCUUCCUCAUCCAUAUGCUAUCAGUGUCUUCAAGGAUCAAAUCUACUGGGAUGAUUGGUCAAAACUGAGCAUCUUUCGAGCGUAUAAGCAUGAUGGCUCGGGUGUGGAAACCUUGGUUACUGGUUUAACUGGAGUAAUGGAUAUGAAAGUUUUCUACAAGGGCAAGACUACAGGCAGCAAUGCAUGUGCAUCAAAGACCUGCAGUUUGCUUUGUCUUCCAAAGCCAAAUGGGAAACGAUGUGCAUGUCCCGAUGGAGUGAAGAGCUUGGUUUUGCCAAAUGGGAAUGUUGGUUGUGAAUGUCCACAUGGUUAUUCCCUCAAGAAUACCACCUGUGUGCGACAAGAGCAUAAUUGCACCCCUAACCAGUAUGAAUGCUUCAAUGGAAAAUGUAUCAGCAGCAUUUGGAAGUGUGAUCAUGAUGAUGACUGUGGUGACUUUAGUGAUGAAACGGAUUGCCCCACGGGAGUGUGCGACGUCAACUCUCAGUUUAAGUGUAAAUCUUCGGGGAUAUGUAUUCCAGCAGCAUAUGUGUGCGAUCGUGAAGAUGACUGUGGAGACAAUAGUGAUGAGGAGCAUUGCUCAUUUAAUACCUGUACCAGUGAUGAGUUUACUUGUGCCAAUGGCUUGUGCAUUCGAAAGUCAUGGAUAUGUGAUGGAGAUAAUGACUGCCGAGACUGGUCAGAUGAAGCAAACUGCACCUCCACCAAUAAAAGCUGUGACCCUCGCUACUUUACAUGCCGUAAUGGUAACUGCAUCCAGCGUGAGUGGUUGUGUGAUGGGGAUGACGAUUGUUUUGAUGAAAGUGAUGAAGACGUUACUCUCUGUGAGAAGACGGGUUGCAAUGGAUUUAAAUGUAAAAAUGGUACAUGUAUUGGAAUGGCUGAACGUUGCAAUGGUGUCAGAGACUGUUCAGAUGGAUUAGAUGAACAAAACUGCAACCCAUUAUGCUCUCAGUAUUUUGAGUUCGCCUGCAAGAAUGGACGUCAGUGCCUGCCGAAAGAGAUGGUUUGUGACGGAAUCCGACAGUGUGAUGAUGGUUCCGAUGAAGAUCCAAAUCACGCGUAUUGUAGUGGGACAGAGGAGUUUAAUCGAACCUGUGAGCCCUUCAGUUUCAAAUGCCGGAAUGGAGUGUGCAUUAGCAUUGAAUGGAAGUGUGAUGGGGUGGAUGACUGUGGCGACUACUCGGAUGAAACAAAUUGUAGAUAUCCCACCGAAGCACCUUCUUGCAUGAAGUACUUUCAGUUCAGUUGCCAGAAUGGAAAAUGUGUACCGAUAUGGUGGAAAUGCGAUGGAGAGAAUGACUGUGGAGACUGGUCUGAUGAAGAUGGCUGCCCUGGUUCGCAUCCUGUUCCACAUGCUACUGACGUUCCUUCCAGUUGUGGCCCCAACCACUUCAGGUGUAAUUCUGGUGGAUGCAUUGUAAACCAUUGGGUGUGUGACUCUUACAAAGACUGUCGGGAUGGUUCUGACGAGGAAGGUUGCCCAACUUUUUCAGUAAACAGAACAACUGUUCCCACCACUACAACACGGCCUGCUGGAAGAUGCAGCAUCUCCGAGUUUCCUUGUGCUCGAGGCCGUAACUGCAUUCCCAACUGGAAGCAGUGCGAUGGUCACCAAGAUUGCCGUGAUGGAUCAGAUGAACGCCAUUGCCCUACCCAUCCUCCAUUACUCUGCUCGAAUGGAACUGUUUGUGACGAUGGGGAGAGGUGUGUAGGCCAAUUGGAACAGUGUGAUGGGUUUCUGGACUGCUCUGAUAACAGUGACGAGAAGAACUGCUCAAAUGACAAAACAGUGUACAAAAUACGUUAUCUUCAUUGGUCAGCUGAUUUUAACGGAGCAAUUUCCUUAACAUGGAGCAAGCCAAAUAAUAUGAAAUCCGCAUGUGUCUAUGUUGUAUACUACAGUUUGGUCGGUGGGGAAUGGAAGUGCUUGGAAGCUGGCAAUAAAACUGCUAUUAUAAUAAAUGUUUUGAAACCUGAUACAACCUACCAGGUGAAAGUGGAAGUGCAGUGCCUAAAUAAAUUCCACAAAACGAGAGACGUCAUUAUAAUACGAACACCUGAGGGCUUACCUGACCCUCCAGAAAGGCUCCAGUUAUCUUAUAUUGAAGAGUAUACUAUUACUGCCCGAUGGAGUCCUCCUGCCAAUGCACAUGGUCUGAUUCGGGAAUACGUUGUGGAAUAUUCCCUGAAAGAUAAAGAUAAAGAUUGGACUUCACUGAAAAGCCGUGAAUGUCAGAAAGACAUUGCAAAUCUGCAAAUAAACACCUUGUACAGUGUCAGGGUUGCAGCAGUUACAGGCCGUGGGAUUGGCAACUGGAGUGUUACAAGAAACAUCAGCACACAGAAAGAAGGUGCAAUUCCACCACCAAUUAUUGAAGUUGUUAAUUCAAAGGAAAACAUGGUUAACUUGAAGCUACAUUUGGAUGUUGAUUUUAAGGUGAUCAAUUAUGUGCUGGAUGUGUCGUGGGUCUUUGAUGCUCAUAUAAAAGAAAAGAGAACAUUGAAUAUUGAUGGAAGAGAGACAUCUUUAUCUGUUUUCAAUUUAACUGCUGGAACAAAAUAUGAGAUUUUAGCAUGGGCUAAAACAGUAAAAGGGGACAGUCCGAUAUCCAUUGCACACACAAAAACACAAGGAACCAUGCCAGCUCCUCCAAAAUUCAAAGCAGUACCAGUCAACCAGACUGCUGUGGAUUGCAGCUGGAGUGGCCCAACCAACGUGGUUUAUGGUAUUUUCUUUGCUCCAUCGGUUUUGGAACUGUAUCGAAAUCCAAAAAAUGUAAAUUCAACCAAGAGCAAUGUUACGGUGAUGGUGAACAGUGAUGAGCAGUAUCUAUUUCUGGUUCGUGUUGUGGAGCCGUUUCUAGGGCCGCCUUCUGAAUAUAUUGCCGUUAAGAUGAUACCUGAUAACCGACUGCCUCCUCGCUAUUUACACGUUGUGAAGGAGGACAAAACAUUUGCUGUACUGAAGUGGCAACCUCCAUAUGACCUACUGAAUGGAACUAUAACUUAUGCAAUUCUUGUAAAAGAUUCUAUCCGUCAAAGUGAAAAACAUUACAAGGUGUCCACAAAGAACAACACAGUAGAAUACGCCGUGAAGCAUCUGGAACCCGGUGGAAUGUACAGCGUGGUCAUAAGACUGGUAAACAUGAGCAAAGAAGCAACUGUAUCUCUAAACCCAGUUCCUCUGUCGGCACCAGAGUCACUGAAAAUUCUACCAGAAAAAGACCACAUCCUGCUGUUCUGGAAAAGCCUCAGAUUAAAGGAACGAAGCUUUAAUGACAGCAGGGGUUAUGAGAUCCACAUGCUCGAUCAUAAGAUCAAUACAACGGUGUGCCUUGGCAAUACAACGGAAAACAUCUUCAGGAUUUCUGAUCUAAAGUUUGGCCACAACUACACCUUCACUGUACAGGCUAGAUGCUUGUACAACGGACAGAUUUGUGGUGCUCCUGCUACUCUGCUCUAUGAUGAACUUGGCAAUGCGGCAGGUCGAUCUUCUUCAAGAAGUUCCAAGUCCACCGAUGUAGCGGCCAUCGUGGUGCCAGUGAUGUUCUUGCUGCUGGUCGUGCUGGGCAUUGGCUUUGUUGUGCUAUAUGUUCGGCAUCGAAGGCUUCAGAACAGCUUUACAGCCUUUGCCAACAGCCACUAUAAUUCUCGAUUAGGCUCUGCUGUGUUUUCUUCAGGUGACGAGCUAGGUGAUGACGAAGAUGCACCCUUGAUUAAUGGUUUUUCAGAUGAUGUUCCAAUGGUGAUUGCAUGAAGACCUUGCUGCAAACAAGAGGUUAAAGAAUUCUUCUCCGAAGUCUUGGCAGCAGGAAGAAAAAUCUUUUUAAAAAAUGCACUUUUCUGAGUUGCAUUACAUUAUUUUUAUAUGGACCAAAAAUUAGACUUUAUUGUAAUGCGCUGUGAUACUUGGAUAAGAUGGCACGGUGUGUGGUGCAGCCCUAGUCCCUGACUGUAGGCUUUUGCACAGCUCUGCUUGUGUUCUUUGUCUGCAGGCAACUCUUACUUUUCAGGUUAUUUGCUUGGUGGGUGUUAAUGGUUGCAACCCCUCUUUCUGAUGGUCUGUAAAUUGAUUUAUCAGUAGAAAGUUAAAUCACAUUUCAAUACUAUUUUCAAUAGUCAUGGCUUAAUAAUAAUUGCGAUAAACCAGUUAAUCAAAAGAUUAUGACAACUUAUCAGGAUGCCACAUCAAAUUAGUUUGUUAAAUCAUGUAUUGAAGUGUGGCAAUUUCUUAUCUCAUAAUUUUGCUACAAAAAAAAAUUCUGUUUAUAGUGAAAUAUUUCAAUUAGUGCAAUUAAUACUUUCACUACUUCCUUGUGUCGCUGUUUUAAAAUGUCCAUUUUAAAAAAAUCAAAAAUAAUAUACUUUUUAUUAACAGCGUAAUCAUGAAAUAGGCCGUUGCAAUAUACUUCAUUUCCUCUACAAUCUCAAUUUGCAUUAUGCCCAUAUUAAAUUAGUUAUUUCAGUAUGCUCCUUGCGUAUUCCUGCAUGAUACAAUUUCACAAUCACCUUCAUUGAACCUUACAACAAUACAAAACAGCAGGAAGUUAUUUGGCUGAAGACUGUAGCAGCUUUUGAAAAGACUUGUACAGUUCAUUUCAUUUGCACAGUCUUUGAUCCUUGCUCUGCACGUUUCCACACUCGAGUAUUAAUCCAAUUCCAUUUUGAAAGUUUUUAUUGAAUCUGCUUCCAUUUCCCUUUGAAUAAUGAAUUCCAGAUCACAACUCGCUGCUUUUUCAGGAAGAAUUUAUUUUGCCAGUUACUAGAUAGUUACUGCGCAAACGAACGUUCACUCGGUCACUGCAAUUUAUUUUGUUUCCCAAAGCAGGGUUGUGGUCCUCUAUUUUCCCCCCCCAGAUCAGCCUAAAUCUUGUGUAGUUUUAGUAUGCACAAGUCCAAGAUGCCUUCAUUUAGAAUAGUAUAAAAUGGUCUUAUCCCAUAAUUUAUCUUUUAAACAGAAAGAUUUUAAAUUCCCAAAUCCAUUGUCUUAUUUAGGUGGGGGGGGGGGGGGGGGAACCCAGCUGGGUGUACUAAAAUGUAGAAACUGUGAUUUUCUUUUCCUUUUAAAUCUGUUUUGUUUUUGUUUUUUCAGUUUCUUUCUUCAUUUACAGAACGACAUAGCUGCCAAUCUCUUGCCUCAUACAUAAACUUGAUGAGGUUGGCAGAAAGAGUUUUGUUGCUCACUAAUAAGUGGAAGGGGGAAGGGAUUCCUUUGCAAAAAGAACCUUGGUGCCCUUUGUCAAUUACAGGGAAGGUACAUUGGCAACCCGGCACCAUGCAUGCAAUCGAGCAGGUGCAUUGGAAUAUUCCAUUUACCUUGCAGCUUAUACUGAAGUAGACCUGUCUUCCCAUUACACUGCCUUCACAUUUUCAAAAAGUUAGCGUUCAUUUUGCUUUUGAAACUCGGCUGAAUUUUUGUAAAUGUGUGCAUCUUUGAAAUUUCAUAACAGAUCUCUUGCAAACCAGAAUUGUUGAAUUGACACAUAGAUAGGAUGAGUGGAACUGCUGCAAAUGUACUUCUGCAAUGUUGCUCAAUAACUGUGGUUGAUAUUUUAUCAAGAAAAUUUAUUUCAUUUCACAGCCUUUUCUGUUUUUGGUUCUGGCCAAUUUGCUGCAUAUUUCCAAUGUUUUCUAUGUCACCUCUGGAUUUUCAGCAUCUGCUGUUUUUAUAAAAAAAAUGAAUUCAUCUCGUAUAAUAAUGAACCAUACACUUCAUGCCAGCACUGCAUCAACAUACUUGGAACCCUGGACUGUAAAUUAUAUUCUGUCCAACCGUAUGAAUGAUUGAUGUAUACUUUUUAAUUCCCAUUUAACAAUGAGAAAACAAUUUUAAAGGUUUUGUUAUGGAAUCUUGUUAAAGUUGGUAGGUCAUGUUUUUGAGCAGUGCACGGGUGGAACUUAAUUACUGCACAUUCAUAAUAUUAGAGACUGUACUGUGAAGAACAAUGCAUAAAUGACCUGUCCCACUUACACGAUUUUCUUCGGCGACUUGCCGGCACCCGUCUUAGCCGCAGCAGGUCUCCGAAAAUGUUCAACAUGUUGAAAACCCAGCGGAGACCAGAAAAAGGUACGAUUUUUUGGGUCAUGUCGACACGUGACGCCUAUAUGGUCGUGAGUAGUCGCCCAAAGAGUCGUACCUUUUUCUGGUCACCGCUGGAUUUUUAACAUGUUGAAAGUUUUCUCCCACCUGCUGUGACUAUGACGGGUGAAAAAAAUAGCGUAAGUGGGUCAGGCCCUUUAGAGUGAUCACUUUGGGACCAAAGGAUUGACUUCAGAUUAGUUGUUUUGGAGUUUGUUACUGAGAUGUGAUGGUAGUUUGACCAUCAGAAACUGAGCGCAGCUUCAAGUUGGAGAAUACUACAAGGCUGCCAGUAAUUGCCAAUUUUAUAUUGUUCCUGGUCAUGUUUUCAACAUAAGAUAGAAUUGUUUGUCCUUGCUCUUAUUGAAUAACAUCCAAAAGGGUUUAGAUCCCACAUCUGGACGUCCACAAGUUAUUUGCAAAUUUAGCGCAAUAGUUAUCUGCAGUUGUUAAGUGAGUAUUAUCAGGUAUAGCAGCAACUCUGCUUGAGUCUGUUCUGCAAAUUCAAUAAGAUCGUGCAUGAUUCAAAGCACUGUCAUUCGUAUUUUCAAGACUAAGCUCUUUUAUACCACAUUGUAAUCAGUUUUGUGUGUCGGUCAGGAGCAAAAUAUCCAAUCUUAAACCAAAGGACAGAAUCGCCCAAUAUAUCUUCCCAAUCUUGAUGUAGUUAAGAAGGAUCCUACAGAUUUUAAUCGUUUUUAAUAUUGAUGUGUAUUCUGAAUUAUGUAUUUGCUAAAAGAUUUUGACGUAGAUCUAAUGCAGGUAAUAUCACUUUGAAUUUCCUCGUAAUCACACAACAUAUAAUUAUGUUUUCAUAAUUAGAUUUGAAACUGGAAAUAGGUUCAAAUUCUGUUCUGAAGAAGAACCAAAAAAUAGGGAAUCUAGUAACAAUUGAGGGCAAAACAGAUAACUACAACAAGAUUUUUAAACUAUCUUAAUGAAAUAAUUUAAAUUGCCCUAAUUAUUAAUAAAUAUUUUCACAACAUGUUAAUGCUCUUCAAACCUUUUCUCCAAAGAAUUCUCCAAAGAAAUCCUAACAAACAUGCAUUGAAUACAUUUGUUGUCAAAAUUUACUGGGUGGCAGAACGUCCAAAGGAAUGCAAAUUGAUGAAAGAAAUCCCCAUUGUUAAGAGCAUUGUUUUUAAAGUAAAAUAUGACACAUUCUAGUAAGGAUAGGAUAUCUGCCUGUAUUGGAGUGAUGUGUUAUGCUGCUAAAUGUGAAAGUCUUGCUUAACAAAAUGUAUAUUUGACAUUUUGCUGAGGAAUUGGGCAUGUUUAAACAACUAUCCAUCCAUGAGAGCAUUUUUAGACACUUUUAAAUUUUGUCCUUUUUUCAAAAAGUGUCAGUGUGUACAUCUGCAUGGUAUAAACUUGGAGCCUGGGUUUGCAAUCCUCCUGUAUGAUUAUGUUGAACUUGAUCAGAAUCCAUGUGACAUUUUGCCCAACGUGCAUAUUUUUGAAGGGAAAAGUGAUUUUUGUUAAAUAAUAAUGUUUACCCCUCCACUAUCUUUCUAGUUGGAAAACCCAUCACAUGAUUCUUGGCAAUCUGCUGUCUUGGAGAAGUUUCACUGUUUGGUAGUAAUGUGAUUCUGUGUUCGAGUGAAGCCUUUCUUAAAAUUAAUCAAUAUUUUUUGCAUUUUAUUUAAGUCACAUGAAUGUACUAUUUUACUGCUCGGGCACUAGAGUGAAAAUGUCCAGCAGGGCUGCUUAUUUUUUAAUAUAUAUAUGGUACUACUUUGUUUUAAUUUUCCUGUGUUUUCAAUUAAUUUCUUGCCUUAAAACUGGAUUGUUCUUUUCUGUACAAGAAAAUGCUUAAAAGCCUUGAAAUCAUCCUGCCGCAUCUGCCUUAGUGAGCAAAUCUUAAGUGUCUGUUUUUGUGCAUCAGCCUUCAAUGAUUUCUCCCACCCCCAUUCCCCACAAUUGAAUUGCACAUCAAGAUACACAUGCUCCACUCUUCUUCAUAUCUGAUUGCUUUAACUUGUAGAGAAAGAAAAUGCAUAUCAAAUUCCAAAGUCGCAGAUUGGACAAUGCACAGUGUACAAUAGUGGGUGUUUUUGUAUAAAUGGAGAAUAUGUUUUUAAAAAAAGAAGUGUAAAUUUUGGGAAAAUAAUGCUGUGGAUCUAUUUUUUAUGUUUAGUAGUAAUUAGCAAUCAUUGAAAGCACAGUAGAUGGUUUGCAUGGGGAUGCAGAGAGUUCCUCUGUCUAGAACAGUAUAAAUCAUGUCUCGCAUUUACGCUCCAUGUCUUCGGACACAAAAUAUUACAAGACAAAUCUGGAAUUGAGCAUAGUUGUGCCAGAAACCGUCAAAAUGAGUGGUACUGAACAUGUUCCGAUUCAGAUUGUUCACGCUGUGUUUUGAUUUACAGCCUGUUGUGAUGUGAGACUUUGCACUAAUCGAAUAUUGGGUGAAUUGUAUGACAGACCUCUGAUUCAACUAUUGAUGUACACUUUUGGAAGGGGUGCAAUGUGCUUUAAAUGUGGAUUUAUUUCACUUAAUAAAUUUUACUUGGAUCAA